CAUGCCCACACCUAGGUAGGUACUUAGGGUACCCCAUUCCUUGCGUGCCUUACCUGUCUUACCUAGGCACCUGUCCAAUUGACCACAGUCAACUAACCUUUACUUUCCGUGGCUCUCUCACUUCUCUUGCUUUUGGCCAUUUCUUCUUUCGCCGUCUUUACUCUCCGCUCUCACUUGGCUGCGUCCCAUCCCCGUGGCCUCCCUUUCCCUCCCAUUCUUCCGUUCCUUGCUCUCGUGCUACUUGUUUUUACACCGUCGUGGCUUUCCUUCCAAGCACGACCUUUUCGCAAUCCGAGAGAUGACACCCUUCUAGCUUGCCAUCAUCAUCUUUGUUGCUUUUCUACCUGGCUAGACCCUACGGCCCCUAGAUCACUGGUUCAGCGCUAUCAUUGCAGUGCAGCACGCGACAUUGACGUCGGUCUCGAAUCAUUCCUUUUGAGAGACUCGCUCCGGCGAGCCAGUAGCCAUGAUGCCCCGCCGAAGGAGCCGCUACGUGCUCCUCGUCGCCAUUGUCAUGGUCUUCAUGCUGUACCAGGUCUUCAAGAGCCCCGAAUGGGAUGACACAGCAAACGCUAGCACCCUCAAGCCCAGCGAACCCGAAAAGGGCCAGGCCGCCCACAAGGAACCCGCGAAGCCGCCGUCGGUAAACGAUCCGGCCUCGAACAAGCACCUGAACAACAACCCGCCGCCCGAUCACGAACACCCCCACGACCAGGAGGAGGACGAGCCCGAGCAGAACCCCCAGAAGCAGACGGCCAGGCCGACAGUCAAGAUUCCCCAGCUCAAGACCGAGAAAGUGAAGCCCGCCGCGCCCACCGAGACGCUGUCCGGCCCCACGCUGUCGAUUCAUGCCCCCAACGAGGCCGUUGAGGUUACCAAGAAGCCUGAGGUCACCAAGGGGCCGACUAGCUCCCUCGACGACGACAUUCACCCCAAGAACCCUCCCGGCCGACCCAACUUGGACCUCUCGGAAGACCAGUCAAGCUCUACUUCGCGCGUUCAUUGGCACAAGGUCUCGGAGCAUUUCCCCGUCCCCACGGGCGAGAUCAUCCCUCUACCGACCGGCAAACCCAAGGACAUACCCAAGAUUCAAUUCGCGUUCAAGCCCGAGACGGACUCCGCCAAGGAAAAGCGCGAAAAGCGCCUAGCCCUGGUCAAGGCCGAGAUGGAGCGCUCCUGGGGCGGAUACCGCAAGUUCGCCUGGAUGCACGACGAGCUUUCGCCCGUCAGUGGCCGCUUCCGCGACCCGUUUUGCGGCUGGGCCGCCACUCUCGUUGACGGUCUCGAUACGCUUUGGAUCAUGGGCAUGAAGGAGGACUUCGAUGCGGCCGCCAAGGCUGUAAAGGAUAUUGACUUUACCUAUAGCCCGACCCGUCGCGAUAUCCCUGUUUUCGAGACAAUCAUCAGAUACCUCGGUGGUCUGCUUGCUGCCUACGACGUAAGCGGCGGCAAGAAGGGCGAAUACAAAGUGCUGCUGGACAAGGCCCUCGAGCUCGCCGAUAUCUUGAUGGGCGUCUUCGACACGCCCAACCGCAUGCCCAUCCUGUACUACAACUGGGAGCCCCAGUACGCAUCCCAGCCACACCGUGCUACCACCGUCGGUGUGGCUGAGUUGGGCUCAAUGAGCAUGGAGUUCACCCGCCUUGCGCAGUUGACCGGCGAGGACAAGUACUACGACGCCAUUGCGCGCAUCACCAAUGCCUUUGAGGACCUCCAGAAUCGCGGCACCGCCAUCGACGGUAUCUUCCCUGAGCAGCUCGAUGCUUCCGGCUGCAACAGGACUGCCGAGGCCAUUGCGUACCAAGAGGCACAAGCUGCUGCUGCGAGUGCGAGUGCGGCCGCCGCCCGUCUCAGCGAGUCUAAGGAACGCGAGCCCGCUACCGCCCAGGAGACCGUCUUGGCCAAGAGCUACGGCAACGAACCCGAAGCCAACUCGAUUGCGAAACGGGCCGUCGGGGUCGACAAAGAUGGCGAGACCGUGGUGGAAAACGCCAAGGAUAUCGACAAGAAGCAGGCCUUCCCCGAGCCCAAGGUAAACGAGCAACCCAUCUACCCGGGUAACAGUGGCCGUAGACCGUCUCCCACAACGCCGGACAAAUCCUCGUGGGAGUGCAUCAAACAGGGCCUGGCUCCCGGUGGCUGGGGCUACCAGCAGUAUAGCAUGGGCGGGAGCCAAGAUUCCACCUACGAGUACUUCCCAAAGGAAUACCUCGUUCUUGGCGGCCUUGAACCCAAGUAUAAGACGAUGCACAUCAAGACAGUCGAGGCUGUCAAGAAAUGGCUGCUCUACAGACCCAUGGUCCCCAAUGAGAGAGACAUUCUCUUCUCGGCCAAGGUCUCCACCAGUGGCGACCCCGAGAACGACCUGCGAACCGAGUACGAGGUGACCCAUCUUACCUGUUUCAUCGGCGGCAUGUUUGGCUUGGGAGGCAAGAUCUUCGACAGACCCGACGAUGUCGAGAUUGCCAAGAAACUCACGGACGGCUGCGUCUGGGCCUACGAAUCUAUGCCCUCUGGUAUCAUGCCCGAAGGUGCCUCUGUUGUGCCCUGCGCUUCUACACAGAGCUGCCCUUGGAACGAAACCCUGUGGUGGGAGCACCUUGACCCGUCUGCUGAUUGGCGCGAGGUCCAGGUCGAGGCCUGGGAGGACAGACAACGUGAGAAGAAGCAGGAGCAGGAUGAGCUCCGCAAGCAGUCCGUGGAGAGAGGCAAGGCCGACCUGACGGACAGCAACCCCACGGGGAAGUCCAUUGAGAAAGAGACCCCUGUGCCGGAGACGAAGGACCCGCUCGCCGACAUUCACGUCCCCAAGGACGAACCCAAGAAAUUGGGAUCGGCCAAGAAGACCGAUUACCCCGCCCCCGAACCUGGCCUCAACAAGUCUCCCUCCAACGUCGAUGAGCACUUGCUGAAGAAGCGAGACCCCGCGCCGCCCGCAUCCCAGGAUCCUCGCAAGGCAUCUGCCGAUGAGGCCGCCAACAACUCUCUCAAGGACAAGCUUGAUCUGAACAGCGCCGAGAACACGGACGGCGUGUCCAACGACGCGCCGGCCAGCGGCGGCAUUGUGGGCAAGAUCAAGGUCGAAGAACAGGCAGAGUCCCCCGACCCGAAGCCGCUCACGCAUGAAGAGUACAUUAAGGAUAAGCUGGAGCGCGAGAACAUCCCACCUGGUUUCGUUAAUAUCAACUCCCGGCGGUACAUUCUUCGACCUGAGGCUAUCGAGUCCGUGUGGUACAUGUACCGCAUCACGGGCGAUCCCGAAUGGCAGGAGAAGGGUUGGAGGAUGUGGGAGGCUAUCAUCAAGGCGACGCGGACAGAGUACGGCAACAGCGCCGUUGACAACGUGCUGUCCGAGGAGCCACAGCCCGUGGACGAGAUGGAGAGUUUUUGGGUCGCCGAGACGCUCAAAUACUUUUACCUCCUGUUCUCAACACCGGAUGUCAUCAGUCUCGACGAUUGGGUGCUCAACACGGAGGCGCAUCCGUUUAAGCGGCCCGUCUAAUGAUAUCUCUUAAAGAGAGAAGAAUUGAGUGCGCGCUUGUUUUCACGGGUUGUCCGUGUGUGAGCAUGUGUGGCAGCUACAGGGAGAGAGACAAGAGGCAGAUACGGAGAGCAUGAAGUUCUGCAUAAGAUAUCACGGGGUGGUGGUCACCAUGGCGUUGCGGCGUCCUUUUCAAGUUGGCCUUGCUUGGUUGGUACUGAGUUGGGGGGUUUUCAUUGUAUAGAAUUGGAAGAAAGGGAUCAUCUAUACGGUUGGUCCUGAGUACGAAUGCCACCAAUGGACGCACUGCUAGCCAAUCGUCU